AUGACUAGAGUCUUCAGGGAUGUGUUGAAAUAUGUUCACAAAAAUAUUGAAUACGGUGAAGGGUCAUUACUCAAUAAAUCUAAUUUUAGUACGCUAUUCCCCUUCCUGUAUUUCGACUUAACAAAACAGAAAAUGGACAUUAAGGAUGGCACUACAAAACUGACACUCAAAUAUGAGCUAUGUGGAACAACGGCAACAGCCUACUCAAUUUACGCAUUAACAUUAUACGAGCAGGAUAUUGAACUAAUUCAAAAGGAUGGUAAAAUAAUACUCAGAUCGUAAAUUGAAUAUGGUUAAAAUUAUGUAACAUAUAUUAUAUACAAGUAAUGACGAAAUGUUAUCCUUAUGGUGUGUCACUUAGUAAAGGACAAUUGGAAAAGCUUUCGCGAGCUUACAACAAUAAUUCUGCAAUAACAAUUAGACUUACCAGAAAUGAGUUAUCCGGUCCACAUGAAUUAAUGCUCACAAAAACUCAGAUCAAUAAAUUGAAAAAAGCAAUGAGCCAGGGUACAGGAUCGGAUAUCAAAAUAUCAAAAACACAAAUCAGAAAGGCUGUUAGACAGGGUGGUAGUUUGUGGGGAUCAUUAAUCAGUUUAGGAAGCAAGUUACCACCUAUGGCAAUGCCAUUAGCCAAAAAAGCUAUCGCACCGCUUGCAACAGGCGCGUUAUCAGGUUUAGCCAGUCUCGGUGUGGAUAAAAUAUUCGGAAAAGGUCAACGAGGAGGUUUUCUUGUUCCAAUAGAUAAAAUAGCACAAUUGGUUGCAUACAAACAUUUACUGACCACGGGGCAGAAAAAGGAUAUUCUUAAGUCUCUACAAACUGGCAACGGAUUAGUUGUCCGGCCAACUAAAACACAGAAGGGGGGGAUUCUUAGGAACUCUACCGGCUAG